AUGGAUCCCAAAGAAUACCAUCCACUAAAACCCGUGGAUGAAAAAUCAAGCUCUGAUAAAUGUGAACAAGAUUUUAUGAAAGAAAUAGGCAACUUAGUCCAUCCACAAAGAAACCCAUUCUAUAACACUGUCUACGGUUCUGACACUGAUGAUGAUAUCCCUUUAUUAACGGUGAAGGACAACUUUUCACUUGGACAACCCAGUACAUCAAAAGGAAUUGAUAAUGAUGCUUUGAUAGAGAAGAAAAAUAUUCAUAUUGUUAAAAUAAAACAUGGUGUGUGCGUGUUAUUCAAAGUUUCAAGCCUGAAGCAAGACUACAUUUAUUUGGGAAAAGUGCUGAGCGAAGUAGAAGAUGAUGGCGAGGUAAAAAUUAUGUUUUUCAGAUCUAUGGACGAUACUGCAAAAAAAUUUAGACUGAUUGAGACUGAUGUGUCUUACGAGCCUUUUGAAAAUUUAAUUGCAAUCGUCCCAGACCCAAAAAAAAGUAUACAAAGGCAAAAGAGUAUACUACCAGUUUGA